CUCUGUCGCGCAUGUCGUUUACCCACACGUGCUAAACAGCUGAGUGUUUACACACUAAAAAGCAUAAAACUGAGCCAGACAGGCUUCAGAUUGUGAUUUUUACUCGAGUUGUAGCGAUGCCGAAGGUGAAGAAAUCCAAAGGUGGAGGAGGUGGAGAGAAGAGCUCCGGAUCCGUGGCCCUGGCCGACCAGAUCCUGCAGACGGACACGAUCCGAGCCCGUAACCGGGUGAAGAGCAGAGACCAGCGGCCAGAAAGCGACGACACCUACGUGGAUGAGCGGCUGUCGCGGAAAAUCCUUCAGCAAGCCCGAAUUCAGCAAGAGGAGCUCCAAACCGAAUAUGGGCUGGUACCGGAGAGGAAGAAGGCGGCACCGGUCACUGUUCUGGGUCCUGAAUCUGGAGAUGCAGACUCCGAUGAAGAAUGGCCAGCACUGGGAGCAUCCGUUUCUGGGGCGGCAGAAACCGAAUGUGACGCGGAAAUUAUUGUAGACCCUGAAGAUGAAAAGGCCAUCGAGAUGUUCAUGAAUAAAAACCCACCGAUGAGGAGGACGUUGGCAGACAUCAUCAUGGAGAAGAUCACAGAGAAGCAGACCGAGGUGGGAACGGUGAUGUCGGAGGUGUCGGGGCGCCCCAUGCCUCAGCUGGACCCCAGAAUUAUAGAAGUCUAUAGAGGGGUGGGAAAGGUUCUGUCAAAGUACCGUAGCGGUAAACUGCCAAAAGCUUUCAAAAUAAUCCCUGCGCUCUCAAACUGGGAGCAGGUCCUGUAUUUGACCGAGCCGGAGAGCUGGAGUGCAGCUGCCAUGUACCAAGCAACCAGAAUCUUCUCUUCCAAUCUGAAGGAACGAAUGGCUCAGCGGUUUUACAACCUGGUGCUGCUGCCGCGAGUCAGGGACGACAUCGCCGAGUAUAAGCGGCUGAACUUCCAUCUCUACAGCGCUCUGAAGAAGGCCCUCUUCAAACCGGGGGCGUGGUUUAAAGGUAUACUGAUUCCUCUGUGUGAAUCUGGAACAUGCACUCUCAGAGAAGCCAUCAUCAUCGGCAGCAUUCUCACCAAGUGUUCCAUCCCGGUGCUACAUUCCAGCGCUGCAAUGCUGAAGUUGGCAGAGAUGGAGUAUAACGGUGCCAACAGCAUUUUCCUGCGUCUCCUGCUCGACAAGAAGUACGCCCUGCCUUUCCGUGUCCUGGAUGCCUUGGUGGCCCACUUCCUGUCUUUCCGUAAUGAAAAACGUGUUCUUCCUGUGCUGUGGCAUCAGAGUCUGCUCACCCUGGCACAGCGCUACAAGGCUGACCUGGCCUCCGAGCAGAAGACGGCCCUGCAGGAGCUACUCAAGCUUCAAACACACCCUCACAUUUCUGCAGAAAUUCGUAGGGAGUUACAAAACUCCGAGUCCAGGGACAUUGAAAUCGGGCUGCCAGUUACUGUGGAAAUGGACUGAUUCAUUCUGGGAAAGUUGAACAUCCUUCUCACCUUUCUUUAUGAUUAUAGACUUUCCAGUAAACCUUAUUGUAACACA